ACGGAAGUAUAGUCACUGCACUAACCUAAUGUGCUGCUCUCUCCCACACAGCAACGUUGCAGAAGCACUAGUAGGCAAGGGGCUGGCAACCGUGGUCCGGUACCGACAGGACGAUGACCAGCGCUCGGCACACUACAAUGACCUGCUAGCUGCUGAGAUGAAGGCGCAGAAGUCGGCACGGGGACUGCACUCCAAGAAGGAUGUCUCUGUCCACAGGGUCGUCGACCUGGCUGGGGACUUGGCCAAGUCUAAGCAGUUCCUGCCAUUCCUCCAGAGGGCGGGCAAGAUGGAGGCAGUAGUGGAGUUUGUGGCGAGCGGGUCGCGGCUCCGGCUCUACAUUCCCCGAGAGAACUGCCUCGCCACCUUCCUCUUGGCCGGCAUCUCUUGCCCCAGGGCAGGCCGCCAACAGGGUGGCCAGACCAUUCCUGGCGAGAAGUUUGGCGAGGAAGCACUGCAGUUCACCAAGUCGCUGUGCCUACAGCGUGAGGUGGAGGUGGUGGCCGACGGCAUCGACAAGGCGGGCAACUUCAUCGGCUGGCUCACCGUCGAGGGCGUCAACCUGUCGGUGGCUCUGGUUAAGGAAGGGCUCGCCACGGUCCACUUCACGGCCGAGCGGUCUGUCCAUUACCGCGCCCUCCAGCUGGCGGAAGAGCAAGCCAAGCAGCAGCGGCUCAAGAUCUGGGAGGACUACGAAGAGACCGAAGACACCAAGCCCCAGGAGGUGAUCACCGACCGCAAGGGCAACUACCGCAAUGUGGUGGUCACAGAAGUGAAGCCGGACCUCUCCUUCUACGUCCAGUUCUUCGAUGACGGCCCGAAGCUGGAAGAGAUGACCAAGCUGCUGCGUCAGGAGUUGGCGGAGCAUCCACCCGUGUCAGGUGCCUACACGCCCAAGAAGGGUGAAGUGUGUGCUGCCAAGUUCUCUGAGGACCAGCAGUGGUACAGGGCGCGUGUCGAGAAGGUCCAGUCCAGCGGUUCGGUCGAGAUUUUCUUCAUCGACUACGGGAACAGAGACACGGUGGACUCUUCAUCCCUGGCGUCCUUGCCUUCCCUCGGAAUCCGCGACAUCCCACCAGCUGCAAGGGAAUAUGCCCUGGCUCUGGUGGCACUGCCAAAAGACCCCGAGCAGGCCCAGGACGCAGUGCAGGCGUUCCAGGAGGAAGUGUCGGGUGAGCCGCAGCUGCAGCUCAACGUGGAGUACCGCGUGGGCGGCCAGGAGUACGUCACGCUGCUCAACUCAUCGGGCAACGACGUUGGCAAGACUCUGCUGCAGGAGGGCUGGGUCUUGCUGGAGGAGCGCCGCGACCGGCACCUCCAGGAGCUGCUCCAGGAGUACACGGCUGCCAGGGACUCGGCUAAGGCCAAGAGGCUGAACCUCUGGUGCUACGGCGACGUAACGGAGGACGACUCCAAGGAGUUUGGCUGGGGCCGCUGAGGAGGACCUGUCGCCGCAAAGUCAACUUCUGCCUUGUGCACGCACACACCUCAGGCCCGUGGUGUGGGUGGGUUGGGGAGGGGGAGAGGGGUUCAGGUUGUUGUUGGUGGUGGAGGAGUGAGGAGCAGCUCUCCGCCCGUUGUCAAGGAGGUCCGUCGCGGCGGAGGCGGGGCACUCCGGCUGAAGCACGGGGGAGAGAGGGGUGCAGCCUCCUCGCCUCAUUUUAUCGUGAAGACUCUCGAGAACACUCGCCCGGGAGGGGAGGUGCACUGCUCGCCAUGCUCGACAUGUGUUUGUCUCGCUCUUAGUUUUUUUUUUUGUCUUGCAUCACUCAAAUGUCGGGCAGUGUGCCAGCCGUUAUUACCCCCUUGUACAGAGAGCUUGGGAUUGUUAAGCACAGAACUCUCGCCACCCGUAGAAGUCGCACUUGCUCUCAUUACAUCUCUUUACACAAUGUGGAGCAAAAGGCUUCCAGAUGAUGUAAUCAAUAUCACGUUAAUGCAUCGUUGAGUGCGUGGUGGUCUCCCGAUCUUUGCAGAUUUCAUGGAACAGCCUGGACACAAAGCGUACAACAGGAUUGGCUGAGUGUCCCGGCUGUACCAGACAGCGUCGCUGGACAGUCUGCUUUGUUGGCUAAUAUAUACAUGCAAGUAUGACAUAAGUGGCAGUGACUUAUUUAGUCUUUUCGGCGCUGGCUUUUGAUUGGCUCAUGGGCUUCCUCCUUGAACCAUCUACGAAGCGCCAGUUUUGGAGCAAGUAUUUUUUUUCUAGUAGUCUGGUAAAAAUCACUCCUCCUCUUGCUCUGUUUUAGUAUGCCUUGAAAAGGCCCGACCUCACAUGGCGCGGUCUCCACAGUGAAAAAGCGGCUUUUGACAUUAAAGAAAUGGCUGCCCUAUGAGCGGUACAGACGGUUAUAUUACGAUGCCUGUCUCUUCUUUUUCAUAGAUUUUUUUAAUAUUAUGAUUGUUGUUGUCAUUCGCGCAUAUAUUGGUUGAACUUAUACCUGACAAUGAAACAUUGCCCCCUCUUUUUCUUUCUUUUUUUUGUAAUAAAGGAGUUGACUUUGA